GAGGUAAUCGCGAACUUCGCUGCUGCUCACUCGUUGUUCCGUGCCUCACCUUUCCGUCAUCCUCGGUUUAGGCUGCGUUCAUCCAGCAAAGCUCCAUAGCUCUUCGUUGAUUUUCUGAAGCCCUUUUUUGCGACUACUAGCCCACUUCCUUGCUCCUUGCUCCGUUUUCUAACCCGUUGUCAUAGUCACUUUGAGAUCUCGGCCUUCGUUAGUCUCUAUGGCGGACAGCGACGAUGAGGGGCCUGUCUCCAACCCGCUUCCGCCGCCGCCGCGGCCGGCGGGAAAGAAAUCGCAGGAGCGAGCUCCGGAAUCCACGGGGGGAAAGGCGGCGGAAGCGGCGAAUCUGUCCAAUAAGGACUUUCGCCGGAUGGUGCUGGAGACUCCGAGGCGCGGGUCGCAGCCGACGGAGAAGAAAAACCAGGAGAAGAACAAAUAUGCGACUCCUGGGUCCGAUGCCAGGCGCAAGUAUUAUGGCAAAGGAAAAGGGGAGGAUGGCGCCUCUGUGGGAGGUGACAGUAAGGAGGGCGAGGAGCCGCAGUACAGGGACAGGGCGAAGGAGAGGAGGGAGGAGGUGAAUCCGGAUUACAAGGAGUCUGCCGUGCCAAGCCACCUGGGGCAACUGAAUGCCGUGGCUCCCCCUGGCGUCGACCUAACAACCACUGACGCCCACAAGCUAGCCAUAGAAAAAUCCAAGUUUUUGGGAGGAGACGUGGAGCACACGCAUCUGGUGAAGGGGCUGGACUAUGCUUUGCUCAACAAAGUGCGCUCGGAAAUGAAGGGCCGGGGGGCGCGGGGGGGCGAAGGGAGGGGGCGAGGGCGAGGAGGGGGGUGAGGAGGGGGGAGCGGAGGACGAGGAGGACGCUGGUGCUGCCUCCGCUGCCGCAGCUGCUGCAGCUGGGAAGGCGAAGGGCAGAAAAGCACAAGAGAAAAUGCCAGUCUUCCGCUCUGCCCUCGCGCGCUCGGUCUUCGAGCAGAUAGUGCGCCCACUGCCGCCGAAGCCCAACGAGUUCUUUCUACCGGGCCGCACCUCCUUUGUGUUUGACAUGGAUGAUGAGUUCCGCAACGAGAUCCCACGACCGUUCACCGCAGCAAGGCUGACUGCCCGCCUCCCCAGGACUUGGUAUCUGCGUCUUUGGAUGCCCCUGUGUUGGACAGAGUCA